AUGUUGCGAACAGCGAGAGCGAGUCAAGAUGUGAAGACAGUGAGUCAGAUUCCCAAGAAGUCACAGGAGGCCAGAACUUGGUGCCCGGAACUGCAGCCGCUGAUAUUGAACGCGCUCAAGCAGCUCGGAUUCGACACGCCGACUGAGAUUCAAGCGCUGUCGUUACCAACGACGUUGCGCGGGAAGAGCACUUUGCUCCUGGCAGAGACAGGAACAGGCAAAACUCUUUCUUUCCUCAUCCCGGCGAUCACAAGAUUGAAGAUGUUGGAGUCCCUCACUAACAAACGUUCACUGCCUAAUCGCCCGCGCAUUCUUAUCGUCGUCCCGACCAGAGAGCUUGGAGAACAAGUGCUUGCCAUAGCUAAGAGCCUCUGCCAUCACAUCAAGUUUAAGGUCGAAGGAUUCUUUGGAGGGUCUGGCACUCUGUCAAAACAAAAGAAAAGCUUGCAAGCUGGAUGUGACAUCGUGAUUGGAACUCCCACGAGAGUGAUUCAACUUUCAAAACUUGGUGCACUCUACUUCGGAGACAUUCGAUUCAUUGCAAUCGACGAGGCCGAUACGAUGUUCACGCAGGGGUUCGAGAACGAGCUUGAUAAGAUUAUUAGAGCCACUACUAGCGCCAGUCGUAAAGCUGCAGAAAUUCACCGCCAGGUUAUGAAGAUCCGGCUUUCCUCUGAGGAGGAAGCUCAGAUGCUGCAGAGGAGUACUCCCUUCUCCAUGGGGGACGACGGCUCCCUCCAGUUCCUUCUCAGCGCUGCGACGAUCAGGCUUGAUGCGGAGAAGAUUGUUACCAAGAAGAUUCCACAUCUGAAGAUAGUCAAGACAGAUCAACUGCAUCACAUCCCCACCGGGAUCGUCCAGAACUUCAUUGAAAGAGACGUGCUCCUGGACCAAGUUCGCUACUGCCUGACCAAAGUCCAGAAGGAGAGCGGAGACACGGCCAGCAUCCUCAUCUUCUGCAACACUCGGGCAGGAUGCUCGUUCGUCCACGAGCAGCUGAAGAUGCAAAUGUUUGUUGAUGGGCAGCUUCAAGCUCUCGUCUGUACUGAUAUCGCUGCUCGAGGGUUGGACAUCCCUCAGGUGAAGGCUGUCAUCAACUUCGACAUGCCUGCCUCCUCGAUCGACUAUAUUCAUCGCAUUGGUCGCACUGGCCGAGCAGGAGGGAGAGGGUAUGCUGUCUCCCUUGUCCGCCCGGAGAACAGGAUCCUUGCGCAGCGGAUCGACGAGGCAGUAAGGAGGAAGCGAUCCCUGGAGGCGAUCACAGCCACCAAGGAUGUGCUGGGAUCCUUUGAGAGGAAGGCCAUGAGCACCAAGAUGAUCGGAGGACACUACAAGUCCAUCAACUCCCUCCGGGCCAAGUCAAAGACUCACUCCAAGUUCAAGCCCACGAAGCAUCUGUGGUUCGAGAAGGGCUCGGACGGCAGGAUGCGAGCAACCCCCCGAUGGAAUGUGUGA